AUGACCCAGGCUGGGGGCAGAGGCUCAGCUCCACCCGGAGCCCCCUGCUUACACCCCCCCCCUCCGCCCAGCGCCCAGCGGCAGAGGGGUGACGGCACCGGCUUUGUCGCACCCGAGGAGGUCCGGACCCUGCCCGAGGUCAGCUUGCUGUCAUUCUCCACCCCGCCGAGCCACGCCACCGCCCGCGCCCGGCCAUCCCUGCUCCCGUCGCACCUGCCUGCCCGGGACCGGCACGGAAAGAGCCCGGAGAAUGGCCCGGGGGGCACGUCGCCACGCACGGACCCGCUGCCCGUCCCCGCCACGGCGCCGCUCUGUGCUGGGGGAUGCCGAGACAGCCCAGCACCCCCUGCUCGGCGUCAGAAGAAACCAGUGUCACUUCUGUCCUCUUGUGUUUUUUCCCUGUCGUGA